CUCAACGGUUGCCAGCAUCUAGAAAAUAUCGAAACAUGCACAACCGGCCGUGCCCCCGCAGUGAGCAGGCCUACCUACUUGUGACAAUGCAACCAAACGCGAAGGUCAAAAAUGAGAUAAAUAGGGCUGUGGCCAUUGGACACACACUUGGAAGACGAGAGGCCAUUAAGGUUACUGCUAAUGCAUGUUGUCACUACAUAUCAUGUUGGGGUGUUGGGCGGGAGUGCCCGAGGCCGAGGUGGCAUUUGAUGUGAUGCCGGUAUGCCUAC